AUGUUCAAGAAGAAGCCUACGAUCAUCAAGGACUACCAAAUCGCAGUCCCUUCCACCUCCGAGACAUCAUCCGACGCGCCGAGUACAGCUCCAAGCCUGAGUGCAGUACGAAAUGCACUACUCCCAGAAAAUGCAUUGACUGCACGAUUUACCACAACAGCUGGUCCGGACCUGCGAGAGGUACAGGGUAUUGUGUAUGUCGGUGCGCAUGCAGAUGGUGAUGAGCGAGUACUCUGGUUCAAAAUCGAACACGGUCCCGGAGCUGAUAAGCGCCUUUACCCGACCGUUUACACAUUAUGGUCGAACCCGGACUUGGUGGCCCUGCUAUACACGCCAGAUAUGGUGAUGCAGAAACUUCGUGCUGGAGCAGAUCUUAUGACUCCGGGGCUUGCCAAUGAACCGCCGUUCCCAGAACGAGCUGUCAAAGGAGCCGUGGUGGCCGUUGCCGGUCUAAAUAAUCACAGUGUGCCACUUUUUGUUGGAAUUUGUGAGAUUGAUGUUUCUGGGCUCGGAGAGGUCCAAGGGACAAAGGGAGUCGCCGUAAGAGGUCUACAUUGGGAGGGCGAUGAGCUCUGGGCUUGGAGUUCAUCAUCACGGCACGGUCGCCCAGCUCCUGAAUACUUAGAGGGCUGGGACGAGGAGGCUGGAGAUGAAGUAGAGGAAGCUGUUGGUAACCUCACCUUGGAGGAGGCACCUGUGGGCGAUGCAGUUGGUGAUACUCCUGCUGCUGAAGAGCCUGCUCUGAAGGAGCCCACAACAAAUGAAAUCGACGAUGCUUUCGUCAAGGCUUUCGUUUUUGCCCUCUACAAACUCAAGCAGGACAACCCUAACGCCCCAAAUCACACCCUUACUCUGCCAGUAUCGCCAUCCAAGUUGAUCGCGGACCUGAUUACGCCAUAUCUCCCUAUCUACUCUGCACAGCAAGCACAAUUCUACAACAUCAAAAAGACUAGCUGGAAAAAUGUCAAGAAGUUCAUCAAGCAGCUUGAUAAAAUGCAGCUGGUCAAGUCCAAAGACCGCAGUGGCCAAGAGACAUACAUUUGGGAUGUUGACUUUGACGACCAACGCGUCCAGAGAUUCGUGCCAUACAGGCUUCCAUCAAAGAGUGCGCUGGAAUCCUCGUCUUCAGAGAGCAAGAAGCCUGCUGCCACCGGGGGCGCAGACCCCUCAGUGGGACAGACACUCAAUGUUCAGACCUUGUACCGGCCUACCCAGAAGUUAACACCAGACAUUUUCCCCGCUCUUUCCACCACCAGCCCAAAGAACUACUACAAGUACUCUGAUGUGUCCACCCACUUAGACCAAUACGUCCAAUCGCAAAACCCCCCUCUGGUUUCUAGCGACAACCGUCGCAUCAUCAACCUCAACCCAUACCUUGCCAACACCAUCUUCACGUCCUCAUCUUCUGAGGACCUUGGGGCCCUCAAGCGCGGAAUGGUCACCCGGGACGGGCUACUCAAGCGUGUCAUCGAGGACCAUGCCUUUCUACAGCCUCACUAUGCUAUACUCAAACCCGGUCAAACCCUUGCAGACGUUAAGCCCAAGGCAGGUGCCACGCCCAAGGCGGUCAUCACUCUUGAGAAGCGGACCGGUUCCAAGACCGUUACGAAGGUUAGCAACCUAGAGGUCUUCGGCAUCGUUCCCACCCUUCUGGCAGAAGAGCUGCAAAAGAAAUGUGCCAGUAGUACCAGCGUUACUCAGGCUGUUGGUGCUCCCAAGGGAGUCAUGGAAGUCUUGAUUCAGGGUGACCAGCGCAAGGUUCUGGAUACGGCUCUCACGCGCCGUGGACUAAAGAGCCAAUGGAUUGAUGUGGUGGAUAAGACCAAGAAGAAGAAAUAG